CCAAUGUCGCCACAGCAAUUUGGGGAAGAGAGCUCGGUCAGGUGGACAACAGUCGACUCCAUGUCCUUCACAGCCGUCCGUCAGUAAUUUGAGAUUUUUAUUUAUUUUCACAGACAAGGCACCGGUAAAAUUACGACUUUAGAAGUGUGACUAUCGCUGUUGUGGGAUCAUCUCCACAGUAUGUUAGCCUAGCCGAGCUCCGCUGCUUAACGGGACCAGUUAGGGUUUGGGUUGGAUAUUAACUUUAGCUAAGUUGAGUUUUGUUUUUGUUUUGUUUUGUUUUGUUUUGACAAAUAAAGGUUUGCUCUAACAUGGAGUCAUUUGGAGCCAUUCUUGGAUGCUCUGCAGGCAUUGCGCUGGGAGGGCUUGUGUUUGCAGCCUACAAAUUUGGCUUACUCUACCAGUUGUUUCACAAGACCGAGUCGAAGAGUCCCCGGCAUGGUGGCGAGAGCGUGGCGGAGGUGCUCCGCGCCCAUGGGGUCAAGUAUGUUUUCACCCUUGUUGGUGGACACAUUUCACCAAUCCUGGUGGCCUGCGAGAAGGUGGGCAUCCGCAUUGUGGACACCAGACACGAGGCCACCGCUGUUUUCGCUGCUGAUGCUGUGGCAAGACUCUCAGGCACCGUCGGUGUAGCAGCGGUGACUGCCGGCCCAGGACUCACCAACACAGUGACAGCAGUGAAGAAUGCUCAGAUGGCUGAAUCUCCAUUGCUGCUCAUUGGAGGAGCCGCUGGCACACUACUUCAGGGCAGAGGAGCGCUGCAAGACAUCGACCAGAUGUCUCUCUUCAAACCGCUGUGUAAGUUCUGUGCCUCCAUCAGGACUGUCAGGGAGAUCGUGCCUACUGUGAGGAAAGCCCUGGCCAUCGCCCAGUCGGGAACCCCUGGUCCUGUUUUCAUAGAGUUCCCCAUCGAUACGCUCUAUCCCUUCCAUCUUGUUUCCAAAGAGUAUGGAGUUAAGAACCCUCCCAAAGGCCUGAUGGGAAAAAUUGUCUCAUGGUACCUCAAUAACCACCUCAUGAACUUAUUUGCUGGAGCCUGGGAGACGAGAGAUGUGUCUCCACUUCCUGUUGACAUCCCACAAGCCACGGACGAUCAGUUACAAAAGUGCAUAGAACUUGUGAGCCGAGCCAAGAAACCUGUUAUUCUUCUUGGUAGCCAAGCAACACUACCCCCAACUCCAGCGGAUGGUAUCAGGAAGGCACUGGAGGACCUGGGCAUCCCCUGCUUCCUUGGGGGCAUGUCCCGUGGCAUGCUGGGUAAAGACAGUCCCAUCCACAUCAGGCAGAACAGGCGAGAUGCUCUGAAGGAGGCCGACUUGGUGCUCUUAGCAGGCACUGUGUGUGACUUCAGGCUGAGCUACGGCAGAGUGCUUAACAGACGCAGUAAGAUCAUCGCUGUGAACAGAGACAAGACGCAGCUGCUGAAGAACUCGGACAUGUUCUGGAAACCAACCGUAGCAAUUCAGGGUGACGCUGGUUCAUUCUUAGUGCGGCUUUCCAAAGGCCUGAAGGGCCAUCGCUGUCCAGAGGAAUGGCCUCAGAGCCUCAAAGCAGGAGAUCUGACCAAAGAUAAUACAAACAGGGCUAAAGCUGAUGAGAAGACCGAACACCACUUAAAUCCCUUGAAAGUCCUCCACCGCGUGGAUGAGCUGAUGUCAGAGGACAGCAUCAUCGUUGCCGAUGGGGGUGAUUUUGUUGGAAGUGCUGCUUAUAUAAUGAGACCAAGAGGACCUAUGCGUUGGCUAGAUCCAGGAGCCUUUGGGACCCUGGGAGUUGGAGGAGGAUUUGCCCUUGGGGCAAAACUGUGCCGGCCUGAGUCUGAGGUGUGGAUAGUGUAUGGUGACGGCUCCCUGGGAUACAGUGUUGCUGAGUUUGACACAUUCACUAGACACAAGACACCAGUUAUAGCUGUGGUGGGAAAUGAUGCGUGCUGGAGUCAGAUAUCCAGAGAGCAGGUUCCCAUACUCGGCAGCAACGUGGCAUGUGGCCUUGCAUUUACAGAUUACCACAUAGUGGCAGAUGGCUACGGUGGUAAGGGCUACAUUGUAGGGCGUGAGGACGAGGACAGGCUAAAUGACAUCAUCAGACAGGCUCAGAAGGAGAGCCAGGAGGGCAAAGCUGUACUUCUCAAUGUUCUGAUAGGGAAGACCGACUUUAGAGAGGGCUCUAUCUCUGUAUAGAGAAGCUGUGAUUUCUUAAAACGUUGCAAUCCUCUUCCCUUACCCUUUGGCUCUUCAUAGACUUCACAAUCAGGCUCUAUGAAGGGUUUUAGAGAAUAAGAAGAUUCUGUUGAAUGCUGUGUAGAGCCCAGCCCUGAGCAAACCUAUGCUAAUCCUUUGUGCACUUAAAGCCAUAUUUCAUUUCAGUGAUAGGAAAUGACAACAGUAUGCUGAUCUCCUAUCAGAGUUUAUGAACCAUCGGUUGCAAUAUCACUUACUUCACUCAUAAACAUCUGCAAAGACCUAAGUCUCGACUGUUAUUAUUAUUAAUACAAUAAUAAUACUAAUACUACUACUACUUCUAAUAAUAAUAGCAUUUUAAGAAGGGAGAGAAUGAAAAGUGAAAAAACCUUGCUUUCUUUAGGGAUUUCAUCUCUCCAGUAUUGUGGAGUUGACCUUCCCACAACCUAUUACAACAGAUAUUUCUUGCAAAUAAACCCGUGACUGCGAAUCAUUUGUGUGAGAGAGCAUUGGUUUAAGUUAUUAGAUGCAACCAGAAUGCCUUUUCUCCUGUUAUCUAAUGAACACGGAGGCUUUUUAUGAGGAUACAACAAUUCUUACAGCUGUAAUGUUCUUUAUCGGUUGAUGAUUUGGGAUAAAAAUGUGUUAAAUGGAUUUUUUUUUUUUGAAUGCCGAACAUAGACAAUUGAUAUGCCUUGUAAUUGAAUGUGUCUUCAACUACAUUGACAUAUAUAGAGUGAAAGUGUGUGUGCUGAUUGAGUUAUGCAUUUCAACGAUAUUUAAUACUAACUUGUAUGCGCUGAUGUGGGCUAUGAUUUAAAAUAUGCCCAUACACAAUAUGUAUUGCACUAUGAUUUUAACUUAUUACUCACCAGGUGGAACACGAGUGCAUCAUUUCACUCCAUCUCACUCCAUUGAUGUUUUAUUUGAUAUUUUGAUGGACGUGUGUCCAAAUUUUGAUCAUGAAAUGUUAAUUUGGAUAGAUUCUCA